AUGGCAAAGGAGUUCUCUAUUCGAGAUGAAACCCAAAGUAGGAGAUCGGGAAGUAAGACUGUUGCUAAGGUGGAAACUUGUGAAGAGUCAAGGUUAGUUGCUGAAGUAAAGGCACUCUCAAAGCAAAUGAAUGAAAGGUUUGACAGCCAAGAUGCAAGGUUCAAGAGCAUAGAGAGAGAUGUUAAUGUAAUAGCCAAUGGAUGCUACUACUGUGGAGACAUGCACUAUUCAGAAGAUUGCCCGGACAAGCCGACUCAGGAAGUUAGUUAUGUGCAGAAUCAGCAGCAGGGAAACUUUAACCAGACCACCAGUUAUCAAAACCGGCAAUCAGGUACUUCUUAUCCCUCAUCUUCUUUUAACACUAACGAUUCUGGAUUUGGUGGGAACAGGUUUAGCAGGUUCAACAAUCAGCAAAACGCAACCGCUGAAUUGAGAGACAUUAUGAAGGACUUGAUCAGUGCUCAGAAAGCAACUAACGAGAAAGUGGAAGAACAAUCCAAUAAGAUGCAUUCGGCAUGGGAUUCUAUGAAUACUCGUCUGGACGGUUUGGCUCAUAAGCUGGAUCAAAGUACAAAGAGCGCUCAAGCUAUGUUCCAGGAUUUGGAAGCUAAGAUCGAAAGGCUAGGGAAUCAAAAUAGGCAGCCCGGUACUCUACCGAGCAAUACUCAACCAAACCCUAAGCCACAACUGAACAACCAAGGAUCUGGACCGAAGUACACUCCUCCGAAUGCUCGAAACGAAUAUGUGCAUGAAGAAGAGGAGCAGGUUGAUGAAGAAGUAGAGAUGGAGCCGAACCCAGCCGUGCAGAAUCCAGCCGUUCCAUCUAAACAGGCUGAAAAACCGGAAGUAAAGCCUUACAAGCCAAUAAUUCCAUUCCCUCGGAGAUUGGUGAAAGAGAAGCUAAAGAAGCAUAUGGAGAAGUUUGUAAGUCAUCUAAGUAAGUUGCACAUUAAUAUACCAUUUUUAGAUGCAAUUGUGCAGAUGCCAGGUUAUGCAAAGUGUUUGAGGCAAAUCUUGAUGAAUAAGAAAAAUCUGGCGGGAGUGACAACUACAGUGCUUGAGGAUGUUUGUUCAGCAGCAAUGACAUGUAAGUUACCUGAGAAACGGGGGGACCCAGGUAGUUUUACUAUCCCUUGUACGAUUGGUAAUUUAUCAGUUAAACGCGCGUUAAAUGAUUCGGGAGCGAUUAUUAAUCUCAUGCCUUCAUCGAUUUAUUCUAAGUUGAAUUUAGGAGAACCAAAACCAAUUAAAAUGAAAAUCCAUUUGGUCGAUAAAUCUGAAAUUAAACCUAUAGAGAUCUUAGAAGAUGUGUUAGUCAAGGUGGGUGGUUUGGUUUUUCCUGUAGAUUUUGUCAUUAUUGAUGUAGAUGAAGCAUUAGAUGUGCCCCUUAUCCUAGGAAGACCAUUUCUUGCUACAGCUGAUGCUAACAUUGAGGUUGGUCGUGGUAAGCUUACAUUGAGAGCAGGGAAUGAGUCAGUGACAUUCUCAAACACAUAUACUGUUUCUUUACCUAAUUUUGUUAACUCUGUUGAAAUUGCAUGUGUUAGCUCUAUAGAUUUGCAGAUUGAUGAAUGGCUAGAUAAGGAGCUUGAGAAAAAGAAGGUUGAGUUGAAGACAACAGCAGUGCCAAUUUCCAACCCAGCGGAUGGCCCGUGUGCUAAGAUUCGUAAACUUUACAGUCGUUUGAAAUCUGCUGUUUCUCAUGGUAAUGUUAAAUUGUCUGAAGAGUUGUGUUAG